GUGGCAUUCGGAUGGGCCGCACAUGAACGCGGGGGGCGACCCGCGCUUCGUCGCGCCCGUGCACGCGGUCAACGUGUUCGUGCCGCUCGUGAACCUCACCGCGGCAAACGGCCCGACCGAGUAUGUCCCUGGCUCGCACCUCGACUUCGACGCCAAGGUGCCCUCCAAGACGCCGAGCCUCAAGGCGGGCAGCGCGCUCAUCUUCGACUACCGGCUCAAGCACCGCGGGCUUGGCAACAGCGGCACCGAGGAGCGGCCCCUCCUCUACAUCACGUACGCGAAGCCCUUCUGGCUCGACGUCUACAACUUCGACCGCAAGCGGUACAAGAACUUGCCCGCCGUCGCCAAGCAGGCCAGCCGCGCCGAGCGGACCGAGAAGCGGCAGCGGACGAUUUUCGGCGGGCUUCCCUAGGCCACCGCCCCAUGCCCCGCGCGGCUUCUAGACGAGCUGCGGUAACGGCGGCAGCGCGCUACCGAGGACGGGCAACUUACAGGGGUGGGUGCUGCGGUGCUAUUCGCUCUCGAGAUGAUGGCCGGGAAGUACGACGUACGGAACAAUACGCGAUGAGAAAGCGUAGCCGCUAGCUAGAGGGGAAAUUAAUGGAAAAUAUUUGUGGCGCUAAUGUUCG